GCGCGCAUCCUCGGGAGGCGGCUGUUGGCGCCAAGGUGUUGAGUGUUUGGCCCAGUGGCUGGGGGUCAGUAAGUGACCCGGGGAAAAACGGUGUCUGUUAGUCCUUUAGGGCCCGAGGUACAGCGUGAGGCACCGGAGUGUCCGACCGGAGGCCCCGUUUUGACACCCUAGCCGCAGCUAGGUCUCCCUUUCCCCUGUCGGUGGUCCCGGAGCCCGCCCUCUCCUCCCGCGGAGCUGGCGGUAAGAGCGUCCUGUGUCCGGCCUGACUACAGAUCAUCUCCUCAGGAGGCAGCUCGGCUCCUGCUGCAAUAUUCAGCGGCUGGUGGGCUGGAGCUGCAACUUUCCCACAACUCUGUCUCUGGGGAUCAGGGAUAUACCAUGCAGGAUAGCAUCAAAUUAGUCUCAUGUGGGGAUGACAUUAAAAUCUGGGAUUCAGUUUCAAUGACAGUGGUGGAGCAGUUUAACCCUCACAAGAAACCCUGUGAAGUAACAUCUGUUUGCUGGACUGUUGAUAAUCAGUGUUUGGUGAGCUCAUCUAGCAGUGGUGACAAAAUAGUAUUGUCAUCCUGCAAACCCACUCCAGUUCCUAUAAAAGAUCUUGCCGAAGGGAAAAAGCAGACAUGUCUAAGCCUGAAUUCUACUUCCAAGUGUAUUGUAAGUGGUGGUCUUGAUAACACAGUCAAUAUCUGGGAUAUCAAGUCAAAGAGAUCUCAUAGGACACUGAAGGAUCAUCGGGAUGAAGUCAGUAGUGUAUGUUUCAAUUGGAAUGACUACUAUAUAGCAUCAGGCUCCCGCAGUGGUGAUAUUAUUCUACACAGUGUUACAACUAAUAUUUCUAGUGCUCCAUUUGGUCACGGUAAAACUCAGCCAGUGCAAAAUCUCAAGUAUUCCAUCUUUAAGAAAGCUUUACUGGGAAGUGUCCAUGACAGUGGAACUGUAACCCUUUGGGAUGUUAAUACACAACAACCUUAUCAUAACUUUGAAAAUGCCCACAAGGCUCCAGCUUCUGGACUGUGCUUUUCACCAGUAAAUGAUCUAUUGUUUGCCACAGUUGGUUUGGAUAAAAAGAUCAACUGCUAUGAUUCAUCCAGCAAGAUGCUACUGAGAACUAUUUCUGUUGAAGCUCCUUUGACUGCGAUAGAUUUUAUGACUGAUGGAGCAACUUUGGCUGUCGGAUCCAUCAGGGGCAAAAUUUAUGUCUAUGAUUUACGAGUGACAACGUCACCACUAAAAAUUGUCAGUGCCCACAAGAAAUCUAUACGGUGCUUAAAGUUUCAGAAUGGUUCGACACAAUUCAAGUCAAAUGGAGGUAAAAGCUUUGCAAGCAGGGGUUCAUCCUCAUUGUCCGCUGCAGCUACUAAGAGGACUUCAGCUAAGGUGAACAGUGCUUCAGGUAGUGGCAAUGCUAAGGAAAUCCAGGAGCUUACUGCAUUGAUGACAUCUGCACCAGCUGUCAAAGUACCUCCUGCUAUUGUAGAACAAAAAGGAGCUGAAGCUAAUCUAGAUGUAAAAGGUUUAUCACAUAGCACCAGUUUGGAUGUCAUUCCAUCCAAAGAGACAGAAAAUACAAAAAGAGCAGACAACAGUGGCGAUUUUAAAAACCUUGAUUGUGUGGGUAGAAAUAGUUUUGGAGACGUGUUCUCACCAGUCAGAGAUGAUGUUACAGGAAUAAAGACUAGUGAAGACAGCAUUGCAAGAGAAAAUGGUUCUGGCUUUUUGCCACAGUUGAACACCAUAUUUUCCGCAAGAAGUAAUCCCGUGGGUGCCAGUACAAAAGAAGAGUUGAACUCAAACUCAUUACAUGGUUUUGGAUCUCCAUCUCCCAUUAAAGAACAGACUCCACAACGAGACAUGAGUGCCAUAUUUAACAAACUCCAAAGUGUGAGACAAGAUUCAAAAGAGACAGCUGGCCAGGAAAUUGAUGUCCUGGGACUGCAGAAAUCCAAAAUGAUUGAGCACAGUGGUCAGUUUGAAACUGCAAGGCGGGAUCAGUUAAACUCUUCUGUUGCUGAUUGUGGGACCUUGGGGACACCUCUAACAUCUUCCAUGGUGAAAACACCUGAUGUAUGUGAAAGAAAAGGAAGAGAAUUUCCGUUUCCUCAGGAAUCUCCAGAGCAGGAGACCUCUACAUCUGGUGUUAAGUUGACAAUGCCUACAUCAGCAGGAAUUCCGAAGCUGGCUGACAAAAUUGUGGAUACUUUUGGAAAUGAUGACAUUGGGCAACAAUUAACAUCUGUUCAAAUUCAGUUAGUUAGGACCAUAAUACAAGAAACCUUGGAGGAUUACAAAGAUGCGUGGCAUCGAGACAUUGUAAACUUGCAGCUGGAGAUGAUCAAGCAAUUCCAAAUCCAACAGAAUGAAAUCCAUGGUUUACUUGAAAAAUAUUCUGUUAAUGAAGCUUUGGUGUCAGAAAAUGAGAGAUUACGAGAAGAGAAUAAAAGACUGCGUGCAACAUUUUAAUAGUACAUUUCUGAGCACUCACUGCAGCAAGAGUGUUUCAUUCUGAUGAGAAGAAGCAAUAGCUUCUUGCAGCAAGGAAGACCCAGAUGGUGGACACUGAUUUCAAACUGUUUCAAAAUAGUUAACAUGUUAAAUGUUUUGUAAAACAGGAAAGUUCCUGAUAUUAGUCAGCCUUUGUUCUAAAAUGAACUAAUACCAUUCCACUAAAAUGGUUGGAACAAAAGCAUUGAAGAUCUAUAACUAGCAGAAUUUUCAGAGGCGAAACAGCUGAAUUCUGAUGGAUGUCUAGCUGAUCUUCCAAGGAGUAUGCUUUAAUCAAGGCUCCUAUAUAAUGCGAAUGAAUAAGGAUCCCAUUGAAAUUCAGUAUAUGAAUCAGAACAAAGAUUGGAUUAGAUAUGCAUUUAGUCAAAUUCUGCUGUCCUGGAAUUUCUUAAAAUAAAUUAGUGAAUGAAAAUAUCACUCCAGGAAAAGAACAGUUCUGAGUAGAGAUUGUUUUAGAUGAGGCGUUUUCUAUUAUAGAUUCUACUUUUAUGAUUUUAUGUUUUUGUCCUACAACAACAAUCGCCAUAUCUGUUCGGAUCCUUAAAUUGGGAUUGCUUGUCAGUGAUAUCUUUGAGUUUUUCUUGUACUUACAAAAGAUACUGCUUUACCUUGUUUUAUAUCUGUUUCUGGUGUAAGCAGUAUUUUCAGGAUUCUGGAGAAGUGAAACUAAAUUUAAAAAUACUGCAUCAUUGCUGAAAGGAUGGUCUUAAGUGCCUUUUUUAAGAACUAGUGGGUUUUUGAAGGAAGUAGGUUGAUCAGACAGCAGUAAGCCAGUUACUCCAAUUUACUGUCCUUGCUUGGCCUGAUAUGCAACAGUUGUCUAGAAUUAAGUAAUUGUUUAUAUGGAACCUUACACACUGUUGUAGCACUUCAAUUUUAUAAAAGAAUUCCUGUGUGGAUUUGGUUUUUGAAUUAACAAUUAAAUUGCAGUAUAUUUUUGAUGGAAAAUAUACUAUAUCAAACAUGUUAAGCAAUAAAUAUAUCGAUAAACUUUUGGUGUAUUUUUAAAUACUCGGGUGCUGUUAAAAUUUUUGCUACUGCAGCAAGGAAAAUCAUCCUACACGUGAUCGAUCAUUAAAAUAUUUUGACAAAAGAAAACUUGGAUUUAAUAAUCACAUGCAUCUUGGAAGAGUUGAAAGCUGCUAAGCAGUGCGUAUUUUGUGUUUUUAAUAUGAUAUACCGCAUUGUUAGGACAUUUCAGAGGGAAAUCGAGUUUAUUACUUGUUGGAUGUUUUGAUAAAAGCUGAUUAAAGCUAUUGCACUCCUA